CCGAAGAAGAAGAAGUAAACAAACCGCGGGCGGGAAACACAAAUAUGAGCUCUGUCUUUUAUACGAGUGAAAUAAAUGUACUUUUAUUCUCCGGACUGUAGAAAAUAGCCAACAUGGUUCAAGAGUUUCAUGUUCUGAGAUGUUUCUCCUGCCAAACCUUCCAAGUACAGCAGGUGAAGAAGAGCAAGAGCUGGGCGUGUAAAGUGUGUGGAGAGAAGCAGUCGCUGAUGAAGGAGUUUGGUCGGGGGGCAGCAGUGGACUGUAGACGGCACGUUCAGAAGCUCAAUGCUCUGCGAGGACGACUGGAGGACACACACACACUCGGGUCACAGCGGGAACAGGAUGAAGAUGAGGAGGAGGAUGAAGGCCUGGAUCCGGAUCAGGAGAAUACAUCUCAGGAAGUGUGUCGUCAUGUGAGCCGCUGGAGUAAAUACACACCUGAGGCUGCAGAUGAAGAGGAGGAGGAGGAGGAGGAGGAGGCAUACACACACACACAGAGGUUCAGGAGCCAGGGAAACAGAAAGAGGCAGAAGGUGUGCAGUGUGAAGAGUUCUGGCCCGUAUGAUGUGUGUGAGGAAGAGCAGUCCUGGACCCGCGGCUCGGGGUUUAAGAGGCCGGAUCUGCGCGACAGGAGGAUCAGUGCCGGGUCAGAUGAUGCGAUCCCGUGCCGUCGCACACAUCUCCCAGCAUCCCGUCCGGCUGUUCACAGCUACACACACACACACACGGUGGAAACCCCUGUGGCCGUGACUCCUCCGGUGUCUGAGAGGGACUCCAGGUGGGACAGGUUCCUCCGAGCGGCUCCCACUCACCCGGACGAGGAAGAGGAGGAAGAUGAAGCUCAUCCUGUCCCUCAGUGCAGUGAUGACACACUGAUGGCUUAUCCCACAGCAGAUGACCAGACGUGUGUGUGGGGCAUUCCUGCGGACCGACGUCUCCCCAACUUCGACGACACGCUUUGA